AUGACCUCUGUGGAGCAAGUAGAGAAUGAAAAGCUAAAGUUGAAGAAGAGUACUCCGACCAAGGGUCCUCUAAUGCUACAAAGGUUUUUUAAUUCUUCUAUUCCAAGGUUUGACAAAUAUAGGGUGACUAACCCUAAACCUCAAAGAGGUAUUCCUAUAGGCCAAGUUACUCCCACAUGCAAGAAGUAUGGUAGGAACCACAAGGGUGAAUGCCAAGUUGGGUUGAAUGUGUGCUAUCGGUGUAGUAAGCUAGGUCAUCAUGCUAAGGAAUGUAAGGGUAAAUAUUUUCAUCCUCAAGGACAAGUGACUCAAGGUGGCCAAGUACAACCAAAGGGUGGUCAACACAAUAAUAGGUUCUAUGCUCUGCAUGGUAGGCAGGAGGUGGAGGAGACGCCCGAUGUGGUUACUGGUACUGUAGGCUCUCUUAUCAUAGUUGGUGCUACACUGCCAGUUCAAGGGCCUAGUAUAGGAUUUCAAACUUCUGGUUCUUCUUUAGUGCCUUCUAUUGCACCUCCGAGAUUUGUAGCUCUGCCAGUUUAUGCUAGUACUGCCAUGUCGGUAGCUGAGUAG